GGGGAAUCAGUCACUUUCGCGCUUACCUGUACGGGCGAAAGUUCACCUUGGUAACCGAUCAUGAGCCCCUGUUGGCUCUGAAGAAAUUGAAGGAUUACUCUGGCAUGAUCGGGCGAUGGGCAACAGUGCUGCAGAGCAUGGACUUUGACAUUCGUCAUCGAAAGCAUGAGAGACACGGGAAUGCGGACGGACUGACACGAUUGCACCGGCCCGAGAAGGUUCCGAAGAGUGAGGAGGUGAUUCCGUGGAACGAACCCGAAAAGGAGGUUGGACCUCGUUACGGCCAAGUGGAGAUGUUGUCAAAGCAGGAGUCCACACGCAGUGGUAUUGGCGAAGGUAAUCACAGUCCAUCGGCAAGCGGCUCCCGGAACGAGCCACGUCACCACGGUUGCAGCGUUCAGCGGCGACAUCAGUUCGGUCAAUCCACUGUGGUAUACCGCGAUCUUGACCUCGCUGCGAAAGUGGACGGAGCAAGUGUGAUGUGGACGCGGACCAUCGAGCAUCCUGCGUGGAUCGAAAACUUGGAGCUGCUGAUCAUACAAGCUUGGAGGACUAACGUCCAGGGCGAUCUUCUCGACUUUCUCUUUGGAUCGGUACAGCCGGGCCGCCGUUUGUUAAUUGCGCAGGAGCUCAUCGCGCCGAUCGUGCAAUUGGCGGACGAUCUCUCGCCCGACAUCUAUUCACUAAGUGAUGACAACCCUGCUCUGUACGUUCUCGAGCGGUCAUUGGAUCCGUACCUUCAGUGGACUGCGUGCUUGGAGGAGCCCAGGGACGAAGACACUCUACCAUCACGGCAGGAGUACCUGAAGCCUUACGACAUCAUCCCUCACGCCUUCUAUCCGAAGGAGGAGGAAGUGGUGAUCGAAGACGACGAAGAAGAAGAUGACGACGAGGAAACGUCAGAGGAGGGAAGCUAUAGCGAGUAUAGCGAGGGCGAGCUGAGUGAAGAAGAAGAGGAGGAAGAAGAAAUCGGAUCUGAGUGGGAAGCCCUGCCGGAGGAAGCAGCGCGCACGGGCACGGAGGCGGAAGACCCUGAGGCUGUGCGUAGGCAAGAAGAGGUUGCCGCCGCGAAACGCCAACAAGAAUUUGCCAGCAGGGGAAGUCAGCGCAUCGGUGACGACCCGACCAGGGAUCCGGAACCGCCAAAGCCCGAAGAUGGCGACCCCACAGCCGCCGCCUCAAGCACCUCGCGGCGGAGACGAAGCCGAUCCCCCUCCCCCUCCACCCCAACCCGUCCCCCAGUUCGUCCACGUACCGAUGCGGGCGAUAGGCCUUCGUCCUCAGACGCUAUCCCGCCGUCCCCUUGACUUUCUCACCCUUGAACAGAUCCGCACCCUCGUCACCUUCCCCCUCCAUCCGUUCCUUCCCCAUCU